UGAAAGGGGGAAACUAUUUAAAACUCUAAUGAGACACUUGAUGCAAGUUUAUACAUUUCUUGAGCGGUGCUUUCCCAGGCGCGCACCACCGGCUCUGUUGCUCUUUGUCACCACUGGAUCUAAACUCACUCACCAACUUACCGCGCUACCACCGGCAAUACAAAAGACAUUUUAUAUUCCCAGGAAGCUCUUUUCCUCCACUCUUCGCCUGUGACUGAGAAAUGAAUCAUAAAGCCCGUCUACUGUGGAUUUUCCUACAGUGUGCUGCUGCGCUCCUUUCAUUCGCUGCUGGGGAAAAAAGCGUUCUUAAAGGUGAAGACAGUGGAUUGGAUGAACUGUCAACAGACAGCAAGGCUUUUAAUGGCGUCAAGUACAACAUGAGGAAGAGUUUAGAUCUGGACCAGGAGGGCUGCUACCUGCAGACUGGCAAGAAGGAUUGUCUAGAGGAGUGUGGCUUCAAUGCUACAGCCAAGACAAUCUUUAUCAUUCACGGCUGGACGAUGAGUGGGCUGUUCGAAAGCUGGAUGCACAAGCUGGUUUCGGCAGUGAUACAGCGAGAAAGUGAGGCCAAUGUGGUUGUUGUUGAUUGGAGAACAAUGGCUCAGCAACUGUACCCCGAUGCCGUGAACCAUACCAACGGCGUCGGCCUCGACAUUGCCACCAUGCUCAACUGGCUUCAGGAUGAGCAGCAGCUUCCUCUCGAGAAAGUGCACCUGAUUGGCUACAGUUUAGGUGCCCACGUAGCUGGCUUCGCAGGGACGUUUGUGCGAGGCACCGUCGGCAGAAUCACUGGUCUAGAUCCAGCAGGGCCAAUGUUUGAGGGUGUGGAGGACCAGAAGCGCCUCUCCCCUGAUGAUGCCGACUUCGUGGACGUUCUACACACAUACACUCGAGAGGCUCUUGGUGUGAGCAUUGGGAUUCAGCAGCCAAUUGGAGACAUUGACAUCUACCCCAAUGGUGGUGACGUGCAGCCUGGCUGUGCACUGGGUGACGUGCUGGCAGUGGCUGGAAAUUUCAUGGAGGUGAUGAAGUGUGAGCAUGAGCGUGCCGUGCACUUGUUUGUGGACUCGUUAAUGAACAAGGAACACAUGAGCUUUGCCUACCAGUGCACUGGCCCCGACCGCUUCAAGAAGGGCAUUUGCCUCAGCUGCCGCAAAAAUCGCUGCAACAACAUUGGCUAUAACACCAGAAAGAUGCGCAAGAGGCGCAACAGUAAAAUGUAUCUGAAGACACGUGCUGACACUCCCUUUGGAGGUUACCACUACCAGAUGAAAAUGCACGUGUUCAACAGAAAACAAGCAGACAAUGCCGAUCCCACCUUUCAUGUCAAGUUGUACGGAGCCCAUAAUGAUACAGCACAAAUAUCUGUUGAUGUCCACGAUGAGACUAUCGGCCUGAACCUGACCAACACCUUCUUGGUGUUUACUGAGAAGGAUAUUGGUGACAUUCUAAAGAUCCGUCUGAGCUGGGAAGGAAACUCUGAAUCUUGGAAUUCCGUCUGGAAGAACAUUAAGAAGACGUUCUGGGCCUGGAACGCCAAGCCUCCCAAACCUGUACUGGAAGUCCGACGGAUUCGUGUGAAAGCUGGGGAGACUCAAAAGAAGUUUACAUUCUGUGCACAAGAUCCUGCAAAAACCGAAAUUUCACCCGGAGAAGCCGUAGUUUUCACAAAAUGUCGGGAUGGCUGGGAAGUGAAACCAAGAAAACGGCUUCUCAUGUAACAACGUGGCACUUCCAACAACCAAUGGACCAUUACCAUGGUGGGCCCAACAUGGAUCAGCGAGAAGCACUGCCUUCUCUUUAUUUGAGCACUUUUUGUAGAAGGAAGAUUGAUCAGCGCACGAUGGGAGGGGCUUGACUGGAUUCUAAACUGCACCUGGAAGUUUUUUUUUUUUUCUGGAGACACAGACUCACGGGUCUGUCCAGUGUUUACUUUACUGCUAGAAAAUGAGAUGCUUGCUGAAAGCAUUGUGAAAUGCCUGAAGAGUUGAACGUUCCUUUGUGUGGACUAGUUACGUAGAAUAUAGAUCUGUACCAGUGGACACACACCAGCAAUUGUAGGCACUGUACAUUUUUUAAUAUUUAUUUAUGAGGAAAAUGGAAGCACUGCAAAACUGUUAUUUAUCAGAGCACAUCCCAUAAUGAAGCAUAUUUUGAAUGCAUUUCUCCUAGAUGCAGUAUUUGUGUGUGUGUGUGUCUGCGCGCCCAAGAAGUGUGCCUUGUGCUGAGAUUACUGAUGCACUGUAUAACUGA